CAGGGAAUUGGUAGCCGAAAACAUUAGUUCGGUAGGAUGUGCGCAUGGAGACUGAGAUUGAUCUCAACUACAAGGAUCAUUGCCUCAUCAUCGUGGGUGAUGGAGGCGAAGCUGACGAGCUUUUAGCCCGCAGGCGCUUGGCCGCGGGAGGACGCUUGGCCCACUUUACGGUGGGCCAUGGCCAAGUGAAGUUUGCAGGUGCUGCAGAAGAGGUGAUUUUUGCCUGGCAGCCCUUGUACCAGGCAAAGCCUUCCAACUUGGGCGUGAAGCUGGGCCAAUCUCUGAAGACCUACUGGACCAAGUCAGGUCCGGAUUGCAUGGAAUUGGAAGCGAAUCAAACUUUGCAGAUCUUCACCAAAGAUCAACACAUGAGGCUGGUGCGGCUGGUGAAUGAGGAAGGGCAAGUGCUGCUGGAGAUGUCUGGGGAGGUGAUCUUGAAUCCCGAUGAGGAGCUCGCGCAGAUCUUCGAGGUGGCGGUGGAAGACUGUGAGCUCCAGGCGUUUGGGACCUACUCCAGACAUGGCGUGAUAGGCUCCUUGCUGAUUUUGAUUCUUUGGCACACCAUCCGUUGGACGGUGUCAGUCAAGAUGGAGCAGAUCGCAGAGGAUGGCCAGUAUGUUUGGUGGCGAGGAGUUCUGGUCUUGAUGAAUGGCGUUAUCUUCUGCUGUUUGGGGCUUUGGCAGAGUUGGGCGGCCAGCCUGUCGGGCGUCUCCGAUCUGGAUCUACGUCACAAGCUCCUGUGCAUCACCUUGGUCGCGCCGGUGGCCAUGGUCGCGGCGGCUUCGCAAGUGGCCGAUUACCCGCUUUCACUGAUCGGCGUGGCGACGAUUUGGAUUUCGGGGCCCUUCCUGCAAUACUACCAGACACGGCCGCAGUUUCCUGAGCGGCGCUUGCUGCCUUGCCUUUUGUGGACCACUGCACAGCUGGUGGCCACUGUUGGCACCUCUGCCGUUCUGGCAGCGAUCGUGGUCGGCUACAGAUCACUGCUGGCAGCCUCCCAACCCAUCGUGGCCUCCUUGUUCUUGCCCGUGUCCACUGCUUCGGUUGAGGGCAUCAUGGUCACCUUCACCAGGCUCAUGUACACAAACCUAGUGGUCAAGAGACGGCCCUCUGUUCCGGGCGAUGUCUCUUUUGUGGCGGCUCCCUACAUGCUCACUGCCAUCCACGGCUUUGCCGAAGCGGCGCGCUUGGUCGGCCUCUUCUCCGGGCCCAUGAAGUCAGGAAGCUUUACGUGGACUGGUGCACUGGCCAUUACGCUGCUCGUGAAUGUGUUGGCCCGUUGCGGGUGGACCCGCUUCUUGGCCUACUCGCUGGUGAAGCGGCUGGGCCUGAAGCAGGCGUGGAUCUUGGCGCCCUCGGCCUAUGGCAAACUACAUGAUGAGAUCAAGAUCUACGUGGGAUACUUCCGAUUUCCGGCGGUGAUUGCCUUGGUCCUUGCGCGGCUCAUGGUCUAUCAGGAUUUCUCACUCUCCGGGCCAACAUCUCCAAUAUUUAAUGUUUCUGCAGGCCUUGCGCUACUGUGCAUGCUUUUGGUGGAAUACCUUGAAGAUCAUAUUGUGGUGAGACAGAUAGUCCCCAUGAGCCCCAUCCUGGCUGAGUUCAUCGAGAGCAGCCUGCAGAAGGAUGGCUUUGGCCGACAUGGAUGCCUCAUCAGCGUGGAUCUGCGAGUGGCUGUCGAACCGAGUUCUGCCUGGCGCAUGGAGGAAGUGGAUGAGAGUGGAUUCAAAAGCACCCGACCUCAACCCAAUGGCUCGCAGACCUGCGAUCCUUCUCAUAAUGUCAAGAUGUCUUCCGUGGUGCCCAUGGCGGAGUUCGAGGGAGAGAUCGAACGACCGAGUUCCUUUAGCCAAAGCCAUCCUCCCACAAGUGCAGUCAGCGGUACCCGCCUGUAUCGGACCUGGCCGCAAGACAGCCCGAGCCAUGACCACGACGAGGUGGCCGAAGCACGUGUUGAGAAACCUUCCAGCAACGAGAGUCCCACCGCACCUGCGCAGACAAAUCAUCAGAAUGCCCCAAUCCCUUCGUUGCAGCUUUUGUCAAUCUUCGCCUCAGAGCCUGCGGGCGCGCGGGAAACGCCGAGCCAGAGGGUCUCAGUGAUGAACCUCACUGUGGAAGAUGGAAGGCUGGGAAGCAAGCAGUCAGCAAACAACCUCAAUCCGGAAGAGAGGUCGGGUUGCAGUGGCGAAUGCACACCCCGCUUGGUGGCCUCUCUGGGCGAACGCCGCACGUCCGUCCCCAGCCGUGUGCGGCGAUGGUUCGGGCAACAGCGCGCGGUACAUCCAUCGUUGCUGCUGCAUGGCUUGCGGGUGAUGCCCUUCUCGUGCCAUCUUUCUGCGAUGGCCAUUAUCAGUGAAGUAACCCUGAGCUUCUUGAACACCACGGUGGGGCCUGCUUUUCUUCGUGGCCUCAUCGAGACACCCUGUGAGCCUCAAGACUUUGACGUUUUAGUGUCAAUCUGGUGGCCUUGCCCGAUGAUAUGCUGACUGGCGGGGUCUGCCAGCUUCUAGCAGGUAUUGACUGACCCAACGGAAUGAAGACUUGUUCUUUGUGAGGAAGAUGGGUUUUGUGUUUAUUCAGGCCCGGACGGGUUUUGUGUUUCCAAUUUCUUUUGGGUCUUUCAAAGACAUGUGAAUCCAGGGUCUGAGAUCACAACUUGUGAUGAUGACCGGAUCGAAUUCGGACCAUGAGACCGAUUGCAAGCGGAGACGGCUUCUCACGUCCCGAAGGUGUUUAGCCCAACUCUUCCGCGGCAGCAGUGCGGACGAACUCUUCAGGUGGUGUGCCUCCUAAAAGGACGAAGGUUGAUUGUCGAUCAUAACACCC